CACGCGGGCGCGUAUAGCUCGGGUUGCCACAUGCCGACUCCUCUUUUCGUACAAAACAGAGAGAACGUGGUGGUCCAAGACACCAAGUGUUGCCAGAUUGUCAGAAGCUCAGCAUUUGCUGUAGAUGCCAACUCACUACUUCAGCAAAGAAACAUAAUCUGGUCUUCGCAAGUAUGGUGAAAACAUCGAGUUAUCUUGCACCUCGCUGGUGCCAGCAAAUCUUCUUGGCCGCGGUCUGUGUAUCGACCUUUUUCGCUUCUGCGACUCAUGCCCAAGAUGGCCCACCAGCAGCAUAUCUUCGCGUGCCUUCAGAGCGACAGUCUGCUUGGCAUGAACUAGAAUAUUAUGCCUUCAUCCACUUCGGGCCCAACACCUUCACAGACGAGGAGUGGGGCAGGAGCCAGAGCCCGCCAGAUGUCUUCAACCCCGUCGGCCUGGACACAGACCAGUGGGCCAAGACAUUCGCCGACGCGGGCAUGACGGGCAUGAUUCUGACCGCUAAACAUCAUGACGGUAUGGCGCUUUGGAAUACGUCCACGACAACGUACAAGAUCGACAACGGCGCGUGGGCCAAGAACCGCACCGCCUUGGGGCUGGAGACCAACGUCGUCGAACUGGCCGCUGCCUCAGCGAAAAAGUAUGGCAUCAAAUUUGGUGUCUAUCUUUCUCCGUGGGACAUCCACCGCGAUCCCGCGAUGCCCAAGCCCGGCCUCGCAGGCACAAUCUACGACGAGCCUCAGAUCUUUGGCGACGCGACAGACGGCGACUACAACGCGAUGUACGCGACGCAGCUCACCGAGCUCGUGACGAUGACGCUGGACGACGGUUCUCCAAUCGAGCUGUUCGAGGUCUGGCUCGACGGCGCAAGCGGCUCGGACACGGUGCAGACGUUCAACUGGACGUGGUUCCGCGACAUCAUCCGCGAGCACCAGCCAACGGCCGUCAUGUGGGGCCACCAGGGCGUCGACGCGCGCUGGGUCGGCAACGAGGACGGCGUGUCGGUCCCCACCAACUGGCACACCAUCAGCCGCACGCAGGACGACGAGCGCUACGGCGAGGCGGACCUGGAGACGGGCGUGCGGGACGGGCUGUACUGGACCCCCAGCGAGGCUGAUGCGCGUAUCCGUGAUGGGUGGUUCUGGCAUGCUAGCGAGACGCCCAAGGCGGCGGACGCCCUGAUGGACAUGUACAUGCAGUCUGUGGCGCGGAGCGUCAGCCUGCUGCUUGAUGUGCCGCCUGACACGGACGGUGUCGUCCAGCAGGUGGAUGUGGACUCGCUCGCGGGCUUCAAGGCACUGCGCGACACCUUCUUCGACCGGGAAAUCCUGACGCCUGGGCUGAACACGAGCGCGAGCAGCAUCCGAGAAGGAGACGCGACACUGUAUGGGCCGGCCAAUGUGAUCAACGGUGACGCCGCUACGUAUUGGGCGGUCGAUGCUAAUGAGACCACUGGGUGGGUGGAUAUCGACCUCGGUGGCACGUUCUCGGUGGAUGCUUUCAUAGUUCAAGAGCACAUCGCUUUGGGUCAACGUAUUGGUGGUUACACCAUUGAAGUUGGCGUGGAUGGAACAUAUGAGACGGUCGUCAAUGGCACUUCGCUCGGAUACAAACGGAUCGACAAGUUGAGCGCAGCUGUGCCGGCCACUCAUGUCCGGUUCAGUAUCACUCAGGCGAAUGCCACACCUCUUCUCCAGAAGGUGCAGGUCCUGGGGGCAAAGGCUGCAUAA